GGCUAUACAAAUUCCAUGGAAAACACAAACAAUGUAACAGAAUUUGUUUUCUGGGGUCUUUCUGAGAACCUAGUGGUUGAAGAAGUGUGUUUUGUGGUGUUCUCUUUCUUCUACACAGUCAUUCUUCUGGGAAACCUUCUCAUCAUGCUGACAGUUCACACCGGCAACCUUUUCAAGUCUCCUAUGUAUUUCUUUCUCAACUACUUGUCUUUUGUGGACAUUUGUUACUCUUCAGUCACAGCUCCUAAGAUGAUUGUUGACCUGUUAGCCAAGAGCAAAACUAUCUCCUAUGAGGGGUGCAUGUUGCAACUCUUUGGGGUGCAUUUCUUUGGCUGCACUGAGAUUUUCAUCCUUACUGUAAUGGCCUAUGAUCGUUAUGUCGCUAUCUGUAGACCUCUACAUUAUAUGACCAUCAUGGACCGGGACAAAUGCAAUAAAAUGCUACUGGGGACCUGGGUAGGUGGGUUCUUACACUCCAUUAUCCAGGUCGCUUUGGUAGUCCAACUACCCUUUUGUGGACCCAAUGAGAUCGAUCACUACUUCUGUGAUGUCCACCCUGUGCUGAAACUUGCCUGCACAGAUACAUAUGUUGUUGGUGUUGUGGUGACAGCCAACAGUGGUACCAUUGCUCUGGGGAGCUUUGUUAUCUUGCUAAUCUCCUAUACUGUCAUCCUAGUGUCCCUAAGAAAACAGUCACCAGACGGCAGGCGCAAAGCUCUCUCCACCUGUGGCUCCCACAUCGCUGUGGUCAUCAUCUUUUUUGGUCCCUGUACUUUCAUGUAUAUGCGCCCUGACACUACCUUUUCAGAAGAUAAGAUGGUGGCUGUAUUUUACACCAUUAUCACCCCCAUGUUAAAUCCCCUGAUUUAUACAAUGAGAAAUGCAGAAGUAAAGACUGCAAUGAAGAAACUGUGGGUCAGGAAGGUUUUCUCUGAGAAGUUAAUGAUAAAUAAUUGGAAGUAA